UUAAUAAUGAGUAAAAAUAAUCCCAGCUUAACCAAGUUUUAAAAAGGCAAAGAAAGAAAAAGCUUUUUGUGUGCAGUCUAAUCUUAGGGUGUCAUUACUCAGAAGUAAGACCAAUAGCGGUCAAUAAACCUCCUUCUCAGGGAAGCAGGCAAGAGGGGUGGUUCUUAGGAAAGGCAUCCACUUCAGAUGAAAAAUAUUUUUUAAAGAAAGAGAUGACCUAGGAGUCCCAGGCAAGCAUUUCAUAAAGACCUCAGCUUGGAAGUAACAGCCAGAUGAUGAGGAAACAGCAAGGCUAUGUAACAAGUGUAUUGGGAACCAUUCCUUAUGCACCCCCUUUGCAUGUUUAUUAAGAAUUAAGUUGUGCUGCGUUGUGAUGGGGCUUACUCUUUCUAGGUCAGAAUGUAUAGAGGUACAACCUAAAUUAGCCACAUCACUUUAACGGGAAAUGUGGUCAUGCACUCAAAACCCACCCAAAAGCAAACAAAAGCAACAUUUUUUUAUUGGUUCUUUAUACUAUUUUUGUUAGUCACUUUUUGUGAAAAAAAACAACUGAUAAGUGCAAUUAAUAGUAAUAGUAAUGACAAUCUUCCAACCAAAGAUAAUUCUCAAAGAGAAGAUGUUACGUUUGGCUGUUACCUGCUUUUGAAUUUUUGGUUUUGAAUUUCCUUAGAACUUUUUUUUUUAAAAGUCUCCAUCUGUCCUUUCCUGCAAGUCAACUCUGAAAAUAAGGUUUCUUCUCUGAAUGCUUUUGGGUCUGAUCUUUUCCUCCUAAUCAGAGAUAAGCAGGAACUUUAAACUAACUUCUUAGAUGGGGGCACUUCCCUAGAGAGGGAGGAAAGGGAAGAUCCUUCUCUCUCUCUCUGAGGCCUUGCAAUAGCCUCUAAUCCAGCUCAGGUGCACAUUUAAACAGAUGUAAGUUUAAAAAUGACCGACUGGGAACAGCCAACUGUGCGGACAAUGGGGGAUAUUAAAAAGCCUUUGUUAACGGAAGCGCCGGACGCGGCUGACGGCGCUGUGACUCUUCCUGCGGCUACGCAGAAGGCAAAUAAGAAGCAGAAUUCUGUAUCGAAGGUACCCAAAAGGCCCAAAAAACUGAGGAGAAAAGCUCAUGCCAAUGGGCAGGAAGGUCUUCCACGUCAUGAACAGUCUCCUGUUCUGAAAGAACCAAACAAGAAGCUUCUACUGAAGGAGAAACCGUUACAGGAGAAUACUAUUUCCAGAAGCUCUCUCAGGCUAGAGGAAGCUGAUGGGACAGAAGUCGCAAAUCAGGAAGCAGAAGAUGGGGACGUCGCUGUGAAGUCAGAGGAGCCCAACCUCCAUCAGGAUAAGGUUGAAUCCAUCUCAUCCAAAACUCCCUUGGCAGAAGAAGAGAGCUCAUCCAGAGACCUCCAGAGUGCCAUGGACUUUGUGGAGUGUAACGCCCAUGAUGUUUUUCAUCUGAGAGCAGAGCCUGUGGCAAAGAACAUUAGGCUGGAAACAGAAGACAGUCUGUGUGCCACCAGUAAUGAAAAUAAGGCAGUUACCAAACAGCAGGCAAAGAACGCAUCGCCCUGUUCAGAAACGGACAGCACAACAGUGGAGGAAAGAAUGAAGAAAAAGAAAGUUUCUGGUGUCAAACUGAAGGCGAAGGAAGCUGGCCAGGAAACACAGGAGGAAAGGCUAAGAAGCCACAGCAAAAUGAGGACUCUGCAGCAGGAGAACUUAAAUGGAGUACAAGGACUUAAGAAGAAGGUGAAGAGGGAGAAGAAGAGCAGAAGGGAAGAGGAAGAGGAGGAGGAGGAGGAGGAGGAGGAGGGAGAAGCCUCAGCAGAAAGAAAGGCCUCUUGGAAGAAGAGUGAGGUGAAGACCGAGCAAGAGUCGGAUAGAGAGUGUGGGGUGGAAAGAGAAGGUGUCAGGGAGGAAAUGCCCGGAAGGAUGUACACGGAAGAGGAGGCGGCAGGUGGUGGACCAGAGCUUGGGUUGCCCUUUGGAAGCAGGGCGGGCUGCGGCCCUGAAGAGCGAAAGCCUGCAAAAAGGAAGGCAAGCCAAAAGGAAGAAGAGGCCCCAGAGGAUGACUUGGGAGAGCAGAAGGCCAACAGGAACAGGAGCAAAGGAGCCGCCUCAGCAGCUGGGGGCACGGGGGGCUCCCGGAAGAGGAGAGGAAAGGAAGAGGACCAACGAGGUGUGAAGAAGAAGAAGAAGAAAGAGGAGGAGGAGGAGGAGGAGGAGAAGGGGAAAGAAAAGGAGGACAAGUGGAAGUGGUGGGAAGAGGAGAAGCGUGAGGAUGGUGUGAAAUGGCAGCAGCUGGAGCACAAAGGACCGUACUUCGCGACACCCUAUGAACCGCUGCCCGAUUGUGUCAGCUUUUAUUACAAUGGCAAGGCUAUGAAACUGAGCCCAGCCACUGAGGAGGUAGCCACGUUCUAUGCCAAGAUGCUGGAUCAUGAUUACACAACCAAGGAGAUUUUCAAGAACAAUUUCUUCAACGACUGGACAAAGGAGAUGACGCCGGAGGAGAGGAAGAAAAUCAAGCGACUGGAGAAAUGCAAUUUCAAAGAGAUUCAUAAGUAUUUUGUGGACAAACAUGAGGCUCAGAAAGCUCUGCCCAAAGAGGAAAAACAGAAAUUGAAAGAGGAGGCAGAGAAAAUCCAAGAGGAAUACGGUUACUGCAUAAUUGAUGGGCACCGGGAGAAGAUUGGCAACUUCAAGACGGAGCCACCAGGUCUCUUCCGAGGCCGUGGGGAUCAUCCUAAGAUGGGGAUGCUCAAGAAGAGGAUAAUCCCUGAGGAUGUCAUCAUAAACUGUAGCAAGGAUUCAAAGGUCCCACAGCCACCUCCGGGACACAAGUGGAAAGAAGUGAGAUGUGACAAUUCUGUCACGUGGCUGGCCUCAUGGACAGAGAACAUCCAGGGGGCCAUCAAGUAUAUUAUGUUGAACCCAAGUUCCAAGCUGAAGGGGGAGAAGGACUGGCAGAAAUACGAAGUCGCUCGCUGCUUGAAAGGGGUGGUCGGCAAGAUCCGUUCUCAGUACCGAGCAGACUGGAAAUCCAAGGAGAUGAAGAAAAGGCAGAGGUCCGUGGCGCUUUAUUUCAUCGACAAGCUGGCCCUGAGAGCAGGGAACGAGAAGGAGGAAGGGGAGACAGCGGACACAGUGGGCUGCUGCUCCCUGCGCGUCGAGCACAUCACGCUGCACCCUCGGCGGGACGGGAAGGAGAACGUGGUGGAGUUUGACUUCCCGGGCAAGGACUCCAUCCGCUACUAUAACAAAGUGCCCGUGGAGAAGCAGGUAUUCAAGAACUUGCAGUUGUUCAUGGAGAACAAAGAACCUGGAGAUGAUCUGUUUGACAGGCUGUCUACGACAACACUGAAUAAACAUCUCCAGGACCUGAUGGAUGGUUUGACAGCCAAGGUCUUCAGAACGUACAAUGCAUCCAUCACGUUGCAGGAACAGCUGGAAGCACUGACAAAUGAGGACGACAACAUGGCUGCAAAGCUGCUCUCCUACAACCGGGCCAACCGGGCUGUCGCCAUCCUGUGCAAUCAUCAGCGGGCGACUCCCAAAACCUUUGAGAAGUCCAUGCAAAAUCUCCAAGCUAAGAUUGAUGCCAAAAAGGAGCAACUGAUUGCUGCAAAACAAGAGCUCAAGAAUGCAAAGGCAGAUCACAAAGCCAAAAAGAACGUGAAAUCGAAAGCUGCUGUGGAAAAGAAACGGAAACUGAUAGAGAAGAUAGAAGAGCAGCUGGAAAAACUGAGCCUGCAAGCUACAGACAAGGAGGAGAAUAAGCAGAUUGCUCUGGGCACGUCCAAGCUGAAUUACCUGGACCCCCGCAUCAGUGUGGCCUGGUGUAAAAGGUUUGGUGUACCCAUUGAGAAGAUUUACAACAAGACCCAGAGAGACAAGUUUGCAUGGGCGAUAGCAAUGGCGGACGAAGAUUUCGAGUUCUAAGGAGAUCUAGACUGCCUCUUGCUUCCUUUAGCUGCUUGGUGGCAUUUUUAUGCCUUUAUUGUGACUUCCCCCCCUUUCCUUUUCUUUUUUUGCAGGCAAAAUACAUCUCUAAAGGAAGACUUAGUGCCUUAGAACAUUAUCUUUUGUGUAAGAUGGUAGAAAUGCACUUCAGAAGUGUGGGUCUCAGUGUGGGAGUGGCCCACUGGUCUCUUCGCAGUGACUCACUGGCUCGGGGCUUGUUGGUCUUGUCUGCACUGCAGAUUUAAACUGGUUUACAGCUGUCAUCACCCCCCCCCCCCAAAAAAAGAAUCUUAGGAAAUAAUGGUUCUGAAAUGGGGUCAUUGCAAGAUAACCCCUUGCACGUUUCAGAAACUACAACUCCCAGGGUUCUCUGAAGGAAGCCAUCGCUAUGAAAGCCAGUCCAUGCUUCUAUAGCCUAGAGUUACGACUAACAAUUAUCUUUUCUGUGCCUGACUCAUGAGAUGGUCAGGUCAGUGUAACAGCCCAAUGGGAAAGUGUACUUCUACCGUUUUGUUUAGCCUAUAUGUGUGGGUUUUGUAGUAAAUUCAGGUGGUCCGGAACUUGGUGUUACAGCCUACCUCACACCCAUCCUUUUAAAGGGUACAUCAUUUUCCUAAUCCGGCCCCUGUUCUCUGUAUCAGAGAUACUCUUCUUCCCAUCCUUAGCUUCACUAAUUUGCACAAUCAGGAAUUUGUGGCUGUGCUUUGAAAGCUCCUAGUCCCUAUUAGGGUGUAGGCUAGAACAAACAACUGGAUUUGUAGUCACAAGAGCCUUAGUAGUUGUUCAACGAUAGAGGGCAGAAGGAUGGGUCCUUCAGAACAUCAUCUUUCCUCUGCAACCCAUGGCAUAUAAUCUUUUGGAGAGAGAACUCACCCCCUAUUGCAUCAGAGGGCAGGAAAUGUUAUGUUUUAUGAAAAAGUAAAAAAGCAGCACUGACCUGCCACAGAGUGGAACUCAUAACAUUCAGCGGCUGACACUUGAAAUCCCACAAGAAUCUUUGGUUUGCACUAUGUAUAGACUCUUGACAAAUCUAGUGUUUGUUAAUUUCUGUGGAAUCGUCGUGGUUUGAUUUAAGAAGGUACCUAGUUCAGCAAAAAGAAUCCUAUAUGUAGCAGAGCGUUAGACAUAAAAUUGGGGUGUGGCAGGGGAAGAGGAAACUAGAUUGCAAAAGGUUAUAAUGUAGCUCUGGCAUGAACAUACCAGUGCAUUGCACAGAAGUUUGUUAAGCAGUUUUCCUAGGUUAUUGUGGUGGGUAGGUGGGCUCAUCUGUUUCUAAUGGAAGAAAUACUGUGGAUUUUGCACAUUCUGAUAACAUCACUUCUAGUUUGCUAGUAUUCCUACAAAGGCAGGCAUAGGUGGGUUUUGUUUCAAUACAAAAUGCUAACCACUGGUGACUUUUCACCACACCAGACACACUUGUAAAGCAGUUGUAGGUUCUUAGAAGUGCUCUUGUGUUUAGCAAUUUCCUGCAGUUGCAUCAGAUUUCAAGGAAAUCAGCUAGAUUCUUGGGUGAUUGUUCCUUUGUUGCUUUGAUGUAGUUCAUUAAAAUAUGAAUAUUUUUUGUCUAUAA